UCGGACCGCGGGCCGAGUUGUCCCACCCAUUACGAGAUUUUUUUUUCACAAAUCUGCGUCUAUUUUUCCGUCAUUUCGAAAUUUCUUGUAAAGAUUUUCUAGAGAUAUGGUCUGAUGGUAAUGUUCUUCACUUUCUAUUGCUUUUUUUUUCGCUGAAAUUAAAAAAAGAGAUAUCGAAAGAGAGCAGCUGCACAACCCGAGGACAGACUAAAAAGGAGCAUGUCGAACCCUCACAAGCCCCGGCUGGUUGGACGUGUCCCAGCAAACAGGGCUCUCACAACACGCCAGACGUCAUCGUCCAAGCUCAACGACAGCUUCAAGUACCGCGAGGCAGCCACCUAUCUCAUGGAGCUGCCCCCUUCCACCACCCCCCAGGGGACGCAGCCCCCCGGUCCGCCCCUCAAGGGGACCCCGAGCUCGAUAGUGACGAAUGGAAAGCAUUCUGUGAACGUUGGGGGUUUUGCAGAUGAUGCCAAAGGGGCGAAGGAUUCCGGCAACCAGCGUGAUGUGUUUUAUGUCGUUGGACUUCCUAUAUCAACUUGGUCGACCAGUGCCCAGUUUUUCUUCCUUAUGGGUUCAAUUUUCUUCUUUUUCCUCAUCUAUGGUUAUUGUCAGGAAUUAAUCUUCAGCUUUGAGGAGUUCAAGUCGUUUGGCUGGUAUCUAACUCUCACUCAGUUCGGUUGUUAUACAAUAUUUGGUCUCCUGGCAACCCAAGUACAGAGUGACAACCAAAGAAGAAUUCCCCUGAAGACGUACAUCCUGCUCUCGAUCCUGACUGUCACCACUAUGGGUAUGUCUAAUGCAUCAUUAGGCUAUCUCAACUACCCAACGCAGGUCAUCUUUAAAUGUUGCAAACUUAUACCAGUCAUGUUUGGAGGUGUUCUUAUUCAAGGAAAACCAUAUGGUUUAACAGACACCUUUGCAGCUAUCUGUAUGAGUGUUGGUCUUAUCUUCUUCACGUUAGCUGACAGUACCGUCUCACCAAAGUUUGACAGGACGGGUAUUUUAUUGAUAUCUUUAGCAUUGUGUGCUGAUGCAAUUAUAGGCAACGUUCAAGAAAAGGCUAUGAAGGCACACAGAGCAUCAUCAUCAGAAGUAGUUUUAUAUUCAUAUUCUAUAGGUUUUGUCGUCAUCUUUAUAGGCCUUGUAGGUCACGGUAGUUUUUUAGAGGCUUUCUGGUUUUGCUAUCAACAUCCAGUGAAGACGUAUGUUUAUGCUGUUUUGUUCUCAUUAUCUGGGUACUUGGGUAUUAUCUUUGUCCUGGCAAUGAUCAGGCAGUUUGGUGCAUUAAUCACAGUUACAGUAACCACGACUAGAAAAACUGUCACCAUGGUCUUGUCCUUCUUGCUGUUCAGUAAACCAUUUACAAUGCAAUACUUGUGGUCCGGAAUGCUUGUCAUCUUCGGUAUCUUCUUAAACGUUUACAGCAAGAACAAGGCCCCCAUCAACCACUGGUUUUCCAACAAAGUCAGGCAGUUGGUAAUACGGCUACAGCACCAACCCAAGUCAUAUCCUAGCGCAAUGACAGAGGUCUGAAUGCUUCAAGACUACAUGUAUAUUAAGAAGUAUGACAUGGGGCCUGUAACAUAAAGCACUGUACUUGAUCGUAAAAACAAAUUAUUCCGCUUGAUUUACAUUGGGUGAUUUCAAGUCAGGGCCCCAUCUUACAAAGAGUUACGAUUGAUCCGAUCAACCACAACUAUGAAUGGCCAGCACUGUCAACAUCUAAAAUCCAAAUUUGUUCAAAAUAUUUUCUAGAUUUGAUGUAUAUAGAUUCAUUAUUCUCUUGAAGAUUCAGUGUGAUUCUCUUUGUUUACCAUAAAAUUAUGGUAAGGAUGGAUUUCUAUACAAUUGAGAUUGAUUGGAUCAAUCAUUACUCUUUAUAAGACGGGGCCCUGGUGUUGGUGUUGGAAGCACAGUUUGGACUGCGUUUCUGAGCUCCAAAACCUGUUCUGAGUUUCCAAGAGCAUUCCAUGGCCCCGUCUUACAAAGAGAUGCGAUUGAUCCAAUCAACCUCAACUUAUGGAAAGCCAGCAACGCCAACAUCUGAAAUCCAUGGUUGUACAAAAUAUUUCCUGCAUAUGAUGUUUAUUCAUAAAUUCAUGGUUUUCCUGAAAAGUCAGCAUGCUUCUCUUUGUUUACAAAAAGAAUGUCUAAAAAUUGUAUUCAGAAAAGGUUAUGACAUUGAUGGAUGUCCACACUGUGAGACAAUUUAUCCUGAAAAUAAAAGAAGUUCCUGCAGCAGAGUCUCGAGAACUCCUGCAAUCUUACCAGAUUGCGUAAUCUUACAGGAAAUUGGUAUUUGGUGUAUGGAACCUUACAAAUUUCCUUUAAUAAAACACAAUUUUCCCCUUUUUAAACAGACCUGUUCUGUUAAAUUGCAGAAAAAUUCCUGUUUUAUGAAUUUACAGAAUGAUUCUGUUAUUGCUUUUUGCAAAAUCUUUCUUUUUUUCUGUAAAAUCAGGGUUUUAUUAACAGUGCAUGCAGUUAAGGUUGAUGGGACCAAUCGUAACUCUUUGUAAGACAGGGCCCUGGAUUCCAUAACACAAAGGUUAGCGAUUGAUCUUACGCUUGAUUUCAUGAUUGGUGUUGUACUCAUGUAAAAAUUGACCUAACACUAAACACCAUGAGGUCAACACUGAAUUUGAAAUCGCCCAUUUUUCAUUAUGUGCAAUCAAACAUACAGAUUUAACUAUACAAUCAAUGAUAAGACUUUGUGCAACAUGCUCCCGGGGAGCUUUUCAUGAAGCAUCUCUAUUGGUUUUCACUCUCACCAAAUGUGCUCUCGACCAAUCAGAUCAAAGGAUUUCUGCUUGUAUUUACCCAGAGGUAUACAGUUUUUCUAAGGUUUAGAUUAAUCUGCUUGUCUUCUGUAAAUUGGCACCAAUACUCAAUUAUAUAGUUUAACUAUUAUAAAAGAAAAAUUCAAACUUGGAUUCAGAAUAAUUAAAAAUUAAUCAAAAUUGUGAAAGGUUAAUUGAAAAUUCCCAAUUCGCAGGUUUAGAUAGUGAUUGCAAUUUUAUCAUUGUAUUGCCAAUUUAGAGGGUAUAGUGAUUGCCUUCAGUCAGUCAGAUUUUCUACAGUAUAGGAAUGGCAUAAUACUGCACUAGAAAGAUAUAUUCUCACUACAUUCUUCUCUUUUUAAUUAUAUUCCAUGAUCAACGGCUAGUAUUUGGGUAAAGGGAAACUGCAAAAGUAUCCCCUUAAAGGGACAAAGUAUAAGGUACCUUUAUGGGUUAAAUAUGUCAUUGUCCCUCGGAUAGGAUGUUAAAUGGAGGCCCCGUGUAGGAGAGUUACCACCUUUGCACGUUAAAAACCCACUGCACUAUUGAAAAAAAGAGUAGGGGAAACCGCGGUGUAGUGGUACGCCUGCAUCCCCCGAUCAGUUAUAUCGGGAGGAGAGACCUGCGGGUCACAGUUCUGUGUGCGCGCCCUUCUAGGCGACCCAGAUUGGCUGGCUCCUCCAAAAAUGCUCCUUUAAAUGUCUUUGACAGAUAUAUGGCGCUAUACAAAUGCUGUGCAUCAUCAUCAUCAUCAUCGAGAAUUACAGACCAAUGGCCCCCAUGGCCAUGAGAGGCUCCCCCUGUAAAUGUAAAGAGGUUAUUAUUAAGAUCUAUUUAUUUGAAAGAGAAGAUCAAAGAAAGAGAAUAUUGAAGAGACUUAUAAAAAGGUCUACCAAAAUCAUCUUGAUUAUGGAAAGCUUUACACCAAAUUUAUAUUGUUUGUUGUUGUUGUUGUUAAAGGGGUAGUUCAUCCUUACAAAGAAUUUACUGUAGAAAUAGCAGAAAAAAAUAUUUGAUAAAAAUAUUGGUGAAGGUUUUAAGAAACUCCAUCAAAGAUUAGAAAGUUACUUAGAAUUUGUGACAUCAUAUGCAAGCAGCUUCGCCACAUAUUGUGUAGUAAAAAAAAAAGAAAUAUAAUUUUUGAAAUGUUUCUGUUUUACCUUCAGUAUAUCAACAUACAAAUGAUUUCAUAAAGUCUCCUGAAAGAAGAAAAAAAUCAGUUUAUUUAUUUAUUUAUUUUAUUUAUUACGUCUUAUUUUACCAGGGUGACUCUGUCAGUGGUUCAAACACUGUUAUACUUAGAGGCCCUGGAAUACAAUAACAAAAAAUACAUUAGAAAACAAUUACAGAACAUGCACAUAAAACUUAUUGUCAUCUACAUAUAGUUCAGUGGAGUGGAAUCAGCAACCACAUGGUGUCAGGCACGUGAAAUUGUGAACCAUUAAAAAUUGAAAUGUAUUUGCAGUUUUUGUAUAACGUACGAGGCAACUGCUCGUAUGUGUUGUCACAAAUCAAAGCUUAAAAUUCUAAUCUUUUAAUCUUUAAAGGAUUUUCAUGAGACCUUCAGCAAUAUUUAUUAUUAUUUUUUCUGGUACUUUUACAACAAACUUUUCCUCAGGGUGAACUCCCUCUUCCCUUUAAAAAACAAAGGGAUUUCUGUAAUAUAUCAAGAAUUUGCUGAUACAUGUAUAAAAGAAUAUGAUUAAGCAAUGGACCCACCUCUAUGUGUAAAGGUCACUGCACAUCUUACCACAGGUCCACGGAUCAAUUUUUGGAACAAAUCUCAUUUUGCUCAUUUUCUGAAAAUGUGAAUGAAAAAUAUCUUUUUGUUUGAGGUUCAAGUUAACUGAAAGAAUACUAGUUUUAUAUCAUAGCCCAUCGUACGAUUGAUAUGACAUCAUUAUGACAAGAUAUUAAAUGUACUUUUAUUCUUAUGAGGAUAAUAGCAUAGUUAUAUAUUUGAACUUAGGUGUUCAUACGAUGAUUUAGAACAUUACACAGUAAGAUAUUCUAUGUCUCAAUAUUAGCAUCAAAUUCUACGUUUUAUUCCAAAAUGAGGUUUGAUACCAAUAUUAAGGUGUGCGGUGGCCUUAAGUCACCAAUCGCUGGUUAAACCACCCAGGUAUGACUGCUGUUCUAUAAAUUUGUUUUUAAAUAUUCCUAGCUAUAAUUUAUUUUCUGUUGUAUUAGCUGCAGUAUCAUUUUAUGUCAGUAUUAACAUAAGUAUCUUCUAUCCUAACUCAAUAUUUAUUGUUGCUGAAUUUUAAGUUUUUAAUAUGAAAUUGUUUUUUUUUAUGAGGAAAGUUAAUUUGAUAUUCAGUUUUUGGCAGAACAUGAAGUUUACUUCAGUACUGAAGCAGAUGGGGGUUUCAGAAAGCUGUUCAUAAUAUAUACACAUGUACAUGACCAAUGACUCUUUUUUGGGUGCUAAAUCAUAAUCUUAACCAUUUUAAUAUUCAUCAGCUGUACAGUUAAAAUCAUGUCUCGUUAUAUCGAAAGUCCUCAUUAAUAACAGGCGUCUGAAUGGACGCAAUUCUUUUGAAUAGUGGUUUAGGACUAAUGGACCUGUAUUCCGAAGUCAGUAUUAAUUUAGACUCUGGUCUAGAGUUAUGGUUUAACUAUGGAUAGCCAAUUGUGACGUAAUUUUUGUCAGUGGAGGUUCAGUUUAUUAGCUCGUUUGAUUGCCAAAUCAUUCAUAACUGUCUGAGAAGAACGAAUAAGUUAGUUGUCUUCACUAUGAAAGAAAUGUGAAAGAGCACAGUGAUCACAAAAUAUAUACAAUUAAAACAAGGCUUUGUAAUUUGUAACUUCCCACCAUUUUAGCUCAAAGUCAAACCAUGGCCUAAAUUAAAACAAGACCUUGGAAUACAGGCACUGGACUCCCAUUACUUUGAAACAGAAAAUUUGAUAUAAAUGAUGGACCACCUGUCGUUUGACCAAAUGGGUAUGAGAUGAAAUGGGUAAAGCCUAUGAUUGGAAGUUGCGUGAUAAAUUUCAAUAUGGCAAGGCCACUUUUAUGUUACAGCAAUUAUGGGGAGAAGAGAAAAGGGCUCGCAAAAUACCUUGAAACCAGCGCACAUUAUACUACACCACCCGAUCGCACUGCCACCUGAUUGCAAACAAAAUCACAAGAGUGUGUGCCAACCUGCAACACAUUGCAACUGCAAUGUGAUAUAGGUUAUACCGAGGUUUUUACCUGACUGCUAAGAAAGCACGAAUUCCUGUGAGCAAGCAACCAGGGGACCGACGGAUUAAGGUCUUCUCCGAGGGACCUGGUAAUGAGGAUAAAUACCUUACCAAAGGGCACUAGCGCACCACUUGGGAAUCGAACCCGGGUCACCGGAAUCCGAAACCCCCGCUCUACCGACUGAGCUAUCGCGCCUCCAAAAUGUGGCGGAAGAGUCACAGACAUGAUAUGUCAAAUCUUCCAGCGAUUCUUCCGCGAUUUGAUAGUUUCAGCCAAUCAGAUUUGUCCUAGCUUGACGAUGAUGUCACAACCAAUUUGCUGUGUUGCUGCAUAUCGCAUACAAAGCAGACGGCAUACGCAUAUUAAAACGAGGAGGUGCUAAAAAGAUGCAGCGUGCAGCAGAGCUAUUGCAAUGUGUGCUCUGCGACGCGAUCGGCAACUUGUUGCCAUCAGAUCCGAGUUAAAUCGCAUUGCAUAGUGUGCGCUGGGCUUUAGGCCAAUGUGACGAGCAAUGAGGCCAAUUAUCCGUGGCCAUAACCCUGAAUGCCCUAAAGUUAAUUUAAGCUUGGAAUUCACAAUUUUUUUUGUCAAUUUAUUGUAUGAAACUUCUUGUAUGGGUCAAUGUCCAAGGAGGGAAUGCCAUGAAUAAACAGUUGUAACAGAGGCUGCAAAAUGGUUUUGAAAGUGGGGGGGGGGGGGGGGGGGGGAUAACAAUGCAAAAAUCACUAUCAGAUGGUCACUUUUACGUUUUUAUACAUGGUUUUGGAAAAAAAGUGGGGGGCUUCACGGUUCCGCUUCCCCUUUGUAAGAAACAACAAUCUGCUACAAGGAUAAAAAGGCAGAAUUAUUUUUUUUACACAUAACUCAUGUUUUUGGCAAUAUUGUUUGUUGUAAUGUAUUUUUUUUACUUUGUUAAUCAAAGUCUGUCUCUUAUGUCGAUGUAAUUUAAUCAUAAAGAUAAAGAUAUUCACCCUGAUGAUAAUCUGGCUUUCAUAAAGUCAGUAAAAUAUAUCAAUCGUAACUCUUUGUAAGACGGGGCCCAGCGAACAAUUGAAAAUUUGCGAUGAUUGCAAGACUUAUGAUUGAUUUGGGAACUAAAUAUGACUUGCAAUUAAUUGCAAAUUUCCUUUUGCGAUUUACAAGUUAUAAAUCAAUUUUAAGUAAAGCAAACAAAUAUAUAGUUGUGCAUUCAACAAGCAGACCUGGGGCCUGUCUUAAAAAGAGUUGCAAUUGAUCCGAUCAAUCGCAACUAUUGAAAGCCAGCAAAGUCAACAUAUGAAAUGCAUAUUUGCUCAAAAAAUUCUAGAUAUGAAUGUAUAUCCAUAAAUUAAUUGAUUUAUCGACAAUUUGGUGUUCUCCUUUGUUUACAAAGGACAUUUUGCAAAUUUCCUGCAGAAAAAAAUAUGACACUGAUGGAUUUCCAUAGAGUUACGAUUGAUCGGAUCAAUCGUAACUCUUUGUAAGAUGGGGCCCAGCGAUCAAUUGAAAAUUUGCGAUGAUUUCCGUUUCAUAAAUCUUUUUUUUAAGAACAAAUUUGCACAAACAGUUUAAAGCUAUUGAAAUCAUUCAAUUUCAUCGGCUGUUGGCAAACUUGAAUACAGAAAUUAGGCAUUCAUUAUUGAAACAGUUCUUUAUGAAACGGGACCCCUGCUACACAUAUUUGUUAAUGGAUGUCCGCAAUGAAGGGGUUACUCUCUUUGGCUAAUAAAUAGCUUUUUACCACUUUUUAAA